AUGCAGCGACGCUUUUCAUUUACCUGUCAAGCAACCAACGCAAUCGACGAGGGAACGCAUGAUAUAAUUAAACAUGACAACUGUGAGAAUGUAAUAAGAAAAGCGUCCUCCUUUCCAUCGCUUAUUGCUGUCGACAGCAUUUUGGGUAUUAGAGGCAGUAGCGGAGAAGAUUUUCGAAAGAAUAAACAAGUAGCACAUACAUCUGAAACGAUAUCAGUUCAAAGCGACGCGGCACUGUUUGUGUUGGGUAGUAAAAAAAGGGAAAACCAUGAUGGCGCACAUUUUUUGUUCGACUGUCUGAACAAUCGAUUUUCUGCGCAUUUGUCGGCUCGAUUGCCUUCGAACUCACUGAUGCUGCGUCAAGAGUCACCGUUAGCAGAGUCAAACACGGUACAAAGUCCACCCAGUUUCGAUGAUCAAUCUGAAAUUUCGAAGAUUGGUCGAGAGUUAAAGCAAAUUUCGCCUUUUUUAAGCCAGUUCUCGUUUAAAUCAAGCCCCAGUAAGGUACAAAACGCAAAAGAUAUUGUCGAUGACGGGGAAAAUGAUUUUCCGGAUUGGCUGCUUGAUAAAGGUAGUCUGUCACCUGAUUUUUCAGCUAUCAAAUCUCCAAAACAAUCACCUCGACAUAUCGAUGACGAAAUACGCUUUGCUGUCGACUCUGCAGCAGCUCGAGUGAACGAAGAGCUUGGCCGUCAUGAGCAGUUUAAAUGUGACCUGCUAUCUGCAGCAACGACUUCAGCCCUUCCAGCAUCUACAGACAUACGGUCGGCAAUCUCGAAACUCUUUUUAAAAGGUGGUAGCGACUUUGAAAAAAACUCUCUUUCAGAUACUGAACUAAGUCGUACAAAAGAUCAAUUAGAGGUGAAAACUCGAGCUGAUCAUGGUGUUACAGACGAAACAGAACACGGUAAUCUACUGUUAUUGAUGGAGGUAAUUAUCGGCGACGGCCGAACUGAGACCAUCGAGAUUCAUGAAGGGGACGAUCCCGAUACGCUAGCUUUCGCAUUUGCCACGAUGCAUGCGUUGCAACCUGAUGCACUAUCAAAGUUACGAGCUUUGAUCCAAGACCAAUUAAAUGCUCUUGCUGAGAAGGAGCCUGAAAAUGUCGUUUCGCCUGGGCAACCUGUUCAGGACGAUUGGGCUAUCGAUUUAGAGUUCGACGAGUUUGUGGCCGAGGCUACUCCAGUAGAUACACGGGUGAGCGAUGUUAAUGUUAGUAUGAAUAAUACGCCAUCGUUCCAGCCAGAGCAUCAAAAGCGCGAGCGUGAAACCCAGCGCGAGGUCAACUAUAACAGUCUGAAAGCUAGAUAUGGCCACUGCUCGCAGGUCAACGACAAAAGUGAUUUUGAGCGUCAAAAUCUUGUGGAUGAUAUACUCGAAUCGCAUGCAGAGUAUGUACCAAAUAUUAAUAACUUAUCGAUGCCGAUGCCAUCUACUGUCCCACGUUUUACGACAACGAUUUGUUACAGUCGUAAUAGUAGCACGAAAAAGAGGUCAAAUCUAGGAGUAAUACCAGCCUAUGAGCGCUUGCACGCACUGGCAGAGUCAAAAAAUAAGUGGAUCCAGCGCGCUAAAAACGCCAAGGAACUUGAACAGGCUCGAGAAGAGCAGCAGUCGCAUCGUUUCGAGUUAAUGGCAGCCAAGUCGCGUGAUCUCGUUGCCAAUCGCACGAAUGGAGGUUAUGCAAAUAUCGGCGAGAGACUUCACGAAGAGGCCCUGUCAGAUAUUGCGAAAAAAAUGCAGCGCCACGAGCGCCGAAUUUUGGAGCGCGAUGGUCAGCACGAUUGGAUGUGCCCUAAAUGUGCGUUUGUGAACCGAUUUGUUGAUUCGUUCUGCCAAAAUAUGAUUGCAUCAGCUCGACAACAGUUGGAGAAUCGUCGCAAUAAAUCCGUAGGCUGCGAUCAAACUGCAAAUAAUGUCAAUCGCUCGUUCCAUCGCUUAAAUUCCCAUCCUGGUAACUUGUGUGGGCAGCCUAAACCUGAAAAACUUUUUCAGCCAACGCUGCUUACAUCUGCAUCCGGUGCCACGAAAAGUCACACGACAAACAAAGAAAACUCAUCUCAAAUGGUAGUCUUACGACGACAGCGUUUUGAAAAAGUGAUUGCAGAAGAGUUCCAGCAGUCAUGUCCAUUCAAACCAAAAAUUAACAAGGUAUCGGAGGAGAUUAUGCGCGAAAAGCUAGAAAGUGUGGCAGAAAUAUCUAAGGUUUGCGGAAAGACAAAACGAUCACGAAAUCCUCAUCUCGACUUGUACGAAAAUUCAUUUCAGGCUCGAGCCUUGCGAAAUGAACGAGAAAAAGAAUAUUUGAAGCAGUUUUCAUUCAAGCCCAACAUUGGCGUAAAUGCUUUAUGGGUUGCACCUGAUAAGUCUCAGAGCGAUUUUGUCGAGCGCCUCGCUGUUGGUAAGUUCCAAGAGCUGGAACGUAAACGCGUUGCUCUGCACGAAAAAUAUGCACAAGAUCGUGAUCCGCUAACAGGCAAAGAAUUCUUUAAGCCUGAAAUUGGUCGAGCGCCUGCUUUCGCACGGAAUAAACAAGGUUUGCCUAUUGGAGAAUUUCUGUAUGGCGCUCAUCUUGAGCAACAGGAGUACCACCGCGAAUUACGCAAGAAAAAGCAACGUGAUAUUGAUAUUAAGUCUCAGCAGACGUUCGUGUCUGAAGUCUCACGCCAAGCGCUUGAGCGCCGAAAAUCAGAAACUUGCUCACGAAUUUUUAACGCUCUCCUAGCUUUGACGCAUCAAGCAGCACCAACAUCUUUAUCUACAGAUGUUUUGAGUAUUGAUAACACAGAAGAGGAAGUCAAUGAUAUGGUAAUACCAGCCAAAGUAAACCUUUCGGCGUUACCACCUGAAAUAGCGCGAGUAGUCGCGAUUGUGUUUGAGUACGCCAACCACGGCCCAAUUUCGCGCGAUGCUUUUUCAGGUUACAUGGACCGCCUGGUGUGCAAGGUACCAGGAAUAUCUUAUUCGCAAAUUAUUUUUCUAGCGAAUCAAUUUGACACGGAAAAAGAUGAUCGGCAUCUUCAACGGUUGGAUUCUGAUCGUGAAGCAGCAGAACGAAAGGAAUUAACUUUCCACCCGGUUAUUAACAAAAAUUCGCGAGAAAUUGCCACAAAGCAUGGUCGUGUACCUAGCUCUAAGGUAUUUCAGGCGCUCAACCAAUACUUCGAUCACUAUCUUGAGCGUAAAGAGCAGCGUCUUAAGCAGCAGCAGCACGAAUUCAAAAAGUCACAUCCGUUUCACCCCACGCUGGUCACAAAAUUACAAUCGCGGGACCCUGCGGCUGCUGCAUUUUAUGAUAAGAUUUGCUCUGGAUGCAAGGAAAAUGGAAAUAAAGAAUUAGUCGAGGUUCCGGGCUCUCAAUUUUUGACUUCAACAUCAUACUUAAUUCAGAACGCGGUGAAAUCUCCCAUCGCACAGCUACGAACUGCUUGUGUUAGCGCCAGACCUUAUGUUCGUCCGAUCACCAGCGAGCGUAGUAGACCCAACACUUCAGAGUCUGUUGUUGAUGACCAUAUUCACGAGUUAUUAAAGUUCAACGAGUUAUCAAUGCGCUCAAUCGAAAUGGUACAUCCUGUAAGCGGGACAACAAUGGCGACGCUGCCUCAUAACACCAUGCUGGUACUAUACUCCCUUGUUGGUGAAGAAUUCGAGCAGGUACAGGAUAGUAAGCCCCACCACGGACCUGAUACCAAUUGGAAUGCCUUUGUGCUGCCACUCCCACCCGCAGGAGGUCGCGUCCGUUUGGCGGACGUACAAACAGCAUUUCCUCUUGGAAGCAACUUUCACUUUGCCUUUCGCUGCAAAGAUGGUGCUUAUUUGGAUCUGACGAAUCCAGAAUCUGCUAUUCCAUUUUGCGGGCGCAAAAUUUUAGCGCGUGUUACGCCUCUUGAUGAUGAUCCCCGUGUCGAGUAUUUGCAUUAUGAAGAGCCCCGUGAAGCUUUGCCAACUAUAGAAACGAUUCAAAUUUCAAAAAUAACGAAAUCUCGCGCUGAGAGCUAUGGAAGUAGUACAACGGAGUGUCGUCACCGCGAUGAGUAUGAGGAGCUUGAGUCCACUACGUAUGAGUCCCAAGAUGAAGAACUUCCGAUCUCUGGAGUGCGGUCACCUUCGCGUGGUAAAAUGCGUGAAAAGGAGGCAGAAAAUGGUUGGAAAAACAGCAGCUAUCAAAGUGGUGACGAUGGUUACAAUAAUGUUGCUAAUGACAAUCGAAGAUCGCACUUCAGUCGCGAUGGUGUAUACGACUCUAGCGGUAGUUUAGGACUUCGACAAUCUUCUGAAUGGGCUGAGGCAGGCAAAGAUGCUCAAAAUUAUCUGCGAAAACAAACGGAACAAGCUUACGAUUUUGCCAAAAAAAUUUCCAUCGAGGAUGCCAAAAAAGGAGCGACAGAGACAGCUAAGAAGGCCAAAAAGUGGGGCGGCUCCUUGCUUACUUCUAUCAGUGCAUCUAUAUCGAAUGCCAGUGCCAAUGUGUCGAAGAGUGAAACGAUCCAAGUCGGCGGUGUUACGGUGCAAGUCGCACGGCUCCUUGCUGAGGGGGCUUAUGCUCAAGUGCUGCUGGUUCGGUCGUCAGCCACAAACGAAACAUUUGCCCUCAAACGAAUUAUCUGCCAAUCGCAGGAUGUUGAAAAUGACGUGCAGAUGGAGCUUCAAGUCUUUCACUCCGUUAAGCACUUAAACAUUAUGCCGCUGGUGGAGUUUUCUGAAGCGCGAGUGCAACAAGGAAUGGAGUUUUACUUUUUGGUCCCGUAUUUCGAACGUGGGAGCUUGUGGGAUGCGAUCGAUGCUGCGCGUCAGUCGUCAUCGCCUUUGUGGCCAUUUACACAGCGUACAGCAUUGCAUCUCUUCCAUGGCAUUUGUUCGGGUGUGCUUUCCUUGCAUCGUGCAGGCUUCUGCCAUAGAGACCUCAAACCACACAAUAUUCUGCUGUCCUCGUCGUCUGAUGGAGAGAAUUUUCUCGCGUACAUUCCAGUGGUGACAGACUUUGGUAGCUGCGCGCCAAUCCAUGUUGAAGUGACCUCACGUCGGAAUUCUCUUGAACUUCAUGACGAGGCAAACCGCAAGAGCUCAGCUCCGUACCGUGCGCCCGAACUCUUCGAGCCAACUGUUGACGUUGCACUGGAUGGUCAGUCCGACGUGUGGUCCCUAGGCUGCGUACUGUAUGCAAUGGCAUUUGGAACAAGUCCAUUCGAGCAUCCGCGAGAGGGCUUUAUGAAGCUGGCGUGCUUAAAUGGCCGGGUUUCAUUUCCACCAGAGCAAGGUGGUGUGGUUCUUCACAGAGGUACUCAGUUCUCAGUGGAAUUCUGCGACUUCAUUCGUGACAUGCUGCAAGUUAAUCCUGAAGAGCGACCGUCUGUCUUAGACGCGCUCGAAUUUACAGAAGAACUCCUUAACGACGAAGUGCAGCGGUGA